AAGUAAAAAAAAGUUGAGAAUAAAUAAUGUGGCAGAAUCAUAGCCAAAAUUCUUCCUUUAGAGAAUCCAUCAAAGCCCUUGAAGCUGAUGUUCAACAUGCCAAUACUAUGGCAGCGGCUCUUCCCCGGGAUCUCGAUGGGGAUUGUGUUCAGAUGAAAGUUUCCUAUGGUUUUCUCGCCCCCUUCUUGCUGUUUCUGAUAGAAUGGAUGGACUAUAGUUGUUUAGAUACUCUAGCUAGUUGCUUAGGACUCCUUCACAUUCUUGUUUACAAGGUUUAUGUUGAUGGAAUGCCAACAAUGCCCCCACAAGAAAGGAAGGCCACAAUUAGAGAAUUCUACGCCAUUAUAUAUCCUUCACUAAAGCAGCUGGAGGGGAAUUUAGUGGAAUUAAUGAAGGAGAAUACUAAAGUAACUCAACUCUUGAACACUUCAAAUGGAAGAGUGGAAGAGAAAAGACAGUCAUGUAAAAGUAUUCCGGGAGAAGAAGAAGAAUGUGGUAUAUGCAUGGAGACUGGCUCCAAGAUAGUUUUGCCUAAUUGUAGCCAUUCCAUGUGUGUUGGCUGUUUCCACGACUGGUACAUCCGGUCUCAAUCAUGCCCUUUUUGUCGAGGUAGUCUAACGAGAGUAAACUCCAGAGACUUGUGGGUUCUAACUAGUGACUGUGAUGUGGUUGAUAGCACCACUCUAGAGCAGGAGAAUGUAAGGCGGUUCUACCUUUAUAUUGAUAAGUUGCCACUUGCCGUCCCUGACACCAAUGUAAUGCUUUACGAUUACAUGAUAUAGACUUGGAAGUGGAAGCACUAUAUCAUGCAUGCAUUCUAGCGGACCUACUUCAGCUGAAUAAAGGGUCUAACUUGUAUUGUACAUAGUUAACGAAACUACUAGCUAGCUAUCCAUACUGCAAACUCAAAGCUACAGAGCCAAGGCGUCUGUGGAAUGACUAAUCUUCAC